AUGUCUGACUCGGAACAACUAGACUAUCAAGUCCCGGAACAAGAUGAAUUAGAUAAUCCAAUGAGAAUAAUUUUAGUAACAGAUUUCGGUCAAGCAUCAUCAAAAGAAGAAUCAAAAGACCAAGAAGAAUCAAAAGAUCAAGAAGAAGGGAUACCGAGAGACUCACAACAAAAAGAAAAUGGAAUGGAAGAAAUUUUAUUAGAUUCGAUACAAACAUUCACUGCAAUGAAUGAAUUUUUUGAUACAUUUGAUGAAAAAAUAGCAUAUCCUAAUGAAGGUCAUAUAAAAUAUGAAGUUGGAUCUGAUGGAUUAGUCAUUAUUAUUGUUGAUUCUAUAGUGUUAAAAGAUGAAGUUUUCAAUUUCAUUGAAGAGUAUGAUGAAAAAUUGACUAAGAAGUUGGAGAAUGAGCAUGACGAUAGUGAUGAGAAAAGUUCUAAGCAAAAUAAGAAGAAAAGAAAACAUUAG